GGGCAUGUUUGAUUAUACUCGUAAUAAGUGAAUACUUUGUUCAAAAUGACAGGAAUACUGGUUCAAAUUUGUGCGUCGACUAUAAUGUCCAUUGGGAGCAUGUUGACGGGGUCAUGUUUCGCUUGGCCAUCUCACGCCUUAUACGUUCUACAGAGUGAAAAAUCUCCCACUGGUUCGCCCAUUUCCGAUUUCGAAGCUAAUUUAAUUGGAUCCACGGUAAUGCUAGGGAACUUCCUCUCGACGCUCUUCAGUGCAUGCCUGUCAGACAGGAUAGGGAAGAAGAAGACUUGUAUUUUAUGUGCCUUGGGAUUAGUGAUAUCUUGGGCUAUAAUAACAGCAGCCAGAAGCAUACAUUUUAUUAUAAUGGGCAGAACGAUCCUCGGCCUAGUAACAGGGAUCCAAGCAGUCAUCAACUUUCCUUUCGUUGCAGAAAUCAGCCAGGAUUCCUAUAGAGGAACUUUGAGUUCCAUACUCCUUAUCGCAUUUAUGUUUGGCGUCUUAUUUGCGUACCUAAUCGGAUGGUUUUGUAGUUAUGACGUAGUGAACUACAUCAAUUUGUCUUUAAGUGUUUUGUUCGUUGUGCUGUCGUGUUGUUUGAAAGAGACUCCAGCAUUUUUGACUGCGAAUAGACGAGAAAAGGAAGCGUUAAAAUCGUUACAAUUCUACCGGGGAGCGUCAAAAGCUACCCCUAAGAUUUUAGAAGAAAUGACAAAAUUGAGGCAGCAGACCGAAUCUGAAGAUAAAGCCUUUGUGGCUGAGAAGGCAUCAGACACGGGACCUGAGAACGAAUUGUUAAACCACACGAAAGUAUCGAAGUCUGGUAGAGAAAUGAGUGCAUGGAAAAUGCUUUGUUCAUCAAAGUCUGCGCAACGAGCACUUUUCAUUGUAUCACUUCACAUUUUACUUCAUGUGCUAUGUGGAACAAUCGUAAUGACAAUUUACGCCAGUCAGUUGUUUGAAAUUGCAGCGCCAAACCUUUCUAAAGAACUUUGCGCUGUAAUAUUAUCCACGACCUUCUUUAUGAGCAGUGUUUUGUCUUUGGCGAUUUGCGAUUUGGUUGGGAGACGGAUCCUAAUGCUAUCAUCGACGAUACUAUCUGCAAUAUUUCUCGCUCUUCUGGCGUCACUACUUCGUUGGUGUUGGGCUCCUGAAUGGACUAUACCUGCAGUAGUGCUGGGUUAUAGUUGUGUCUUCCAAAUUGGGGCUUCGUCCGUGCCUUUUCUACAGAUCUCUGAGUGCUUUGCUCAUAAGCUCAAGAACCUCGCUUCUACAAUAGUAAACAGCAUAUUUCGUUUGGCCAACUUCAUUGUCAUAGCAUUAUUUCCACUUGCAGUGGAACAUUUAGGACUUGAUGGAUUAUUCUUCGUAUUUUCCUUCGUGUGUAUUUUAUUAACUGUUAGUUCGUAUUUUCUUAUGAGAGAAACAAGAGGCAGAUCAGUUGAGGAAAUACAAAAAAUGUUUGACAACGGACUUUUGUAUCGCAAGGAAUAA